AUGAGCAGUGUACGACAACGUUUUACCGAUAUGUAAGUCAAAUUCUCUUGUUUUAUAUGUGUUUAGUUCUCAAAACGUUCGGAAUCGAGUGAGAAGUAUAUUCCGUCAUGAUGAAGAUAACAUUACUGAUCAGUUAGUUGCUUCUACGAAUUCAGAUGUCGACAGGAAUCAAGGAACGGGCUACACGGAACUUAUGGGUGGUUCUGUGCCUUGUCCUAGCUGUAAUGGGUCUGGAAUGAUACCAAAAGGUGGGGAAUGUCAUAUAAAAUGAAGUUUUUAUAGAUUUUUUCUGAGUUGUGUGGUUUUUAAUUGUUGCUAUAUGUAAUUUUUUUAUGCAGAUUUAGUAAUUAGUUGAUUUUGUAAUUUAGAAUUGGAAGGAACACUCGUAGCUUUGAUUCCCUUAACAGAUGACAGAUUAAAGCCCAAGAAACUGUAAGCUUUUGAUGUUUUACAAUAGUUUUAAGUAGAAUAAACUAAAUCUUUGUUGAUUUAAACGUGUUCUGCUUUAUGUUAUUUUAAAUAUAUAUAAUGUUAGUUUGAAAGUUCAAUUUGAUGAGAUAUUUUAGAUGGAAAACGGUUAUUGUCUGGAUAACAAUUUUCAUAUUACUUGGAAGUGCCACUAUUUUUGUUUUAAUGCCUCGCACGGUUAACAUUUCUUCUCUACAGCGUCCUAUUUCUAUUGUUCAUAUUAUAAAAACAGACCCUCAGGACCACCAACUCAUGGAAUUUGACUUUUUUGGUACGAAUUUUUGAAAUUUUUUCUUUUAAUAUUGAAACUUUCUUUAAUUUAUCAAAAUGCUGCAAACUUUUGGCAUUACCUUUUUAUUAAUGUCGCCAUAACUUAGAAAUAUGCUGUUAUUCGUGACAUUUGUCUAAUAAGUGAUGCUCAGUUAUAAUUAAACUCAUUUCAGAAUCGAGUGAAUGUGUCCUCAGGCAACUACCUCCCUGUAAGCAUAGUGAAUGUGACGGCUACAAUCGUGUCCAAGUUCCAACCAUGGUCGGUGGAUGUGAUUGGCCAUGGAUUUAA